AUGAAUAUGAGUAGUCUGAAAAAUCUAGGAUGGAUGUUCUAUCCAGUUUUACCAGGGGCAUUCUAUACCGGAGCACUUUACAUGUUGUGUUGGCCAGAUGAGUACUCGGAUUCUUAUGUCAGAAAUGUGAUACUCGAGAAUUAUCAAUUGGAUGUUGCAAACCUUCGAAGAUUUGUAAUGACUCCUUACAACACCGACGAAUCUAUCAGAUGGAACAACUUCACCUUCCACGUCAUCGCCGCCGUUCUCGUUUGCUUCCACUAUUCGAUCAUCAUUUUCUGCGGCUUCCGAAUGCACAUUUCCAUGAAACAUGAGCUGGAGAAGUUCUCAGUGCAUAAUCGAAAACUACAAAAGCAAUUCUUCAAAGCUCUCCUUUUUCAAAGCCUGGGUCCCUCUAUUUUUAUUUUCAUGCCAGCGGUUCCGGUGCUUCUGAGUCCAUUGCUCCCUCCAGUGCUGGGGAUCAAAAUCAAUUGGCAAACCGGAUGGCUGUAUUCAUUUAUUGGAGUUUAUCCGCCAUUUGAUAGCGUUGCUUUUAUGCAUGGAUGA